GCGGCGCCGAGGCUGUAGAAGGCGACUUCUCUGUGAGGAGCAGCUGCUGCCGUGCUGUGUCCAGAUAAUUGGCAAUUCUCGGCCUCUUCGUCUUCGGUAACAGGUCAGAAUGCAGAUCUUCGUGAAGACCUUGACUGGCAAGACCAUCACUCUAGAGGUUGAGCCCAGUGAUACCAUUGAGAAUGUGAAGGCCAAGAUUCAGGAUAAAGAGGGCAUCCCUCCUGACCAGCAGAGGUUGAUCUUCGCAGGCAAGCAGCUGGAAGAUGGCCGCACUCUUUCUGAUUACAACAUCCAGAAGGAGUCCACCCUGCACCUGGUCCUGCGUCUGAGAGGUGGUAUGCAGAUCUUCGUGAAGACCCUGACCGGCAAGACCAUUACCCUGGAGGUGGAGCCCAGUGAUACCAUUGAGAAUGUGAAGGCCAAGAUUCAGGAUAAAGAGGGCAUCCCUCCCGACCAGCAGAGGCUGAUCUUCGCAGGCAAGCAGCUGGAAGAUGGCCGCACUCUUUCUGACUACAACAUCCAGAAGGAGUCCACCCUGCACCUGGUCCUGCGUCUGAGAGGUGGUAUGCAGAUCUUCGUGAAGACCCUGACCGGCAAGACCAUUACCCUGGAGGUGGAGCCCAGUGAUACCAUUGAGAAUGUGAAGGCCAAGAUUCAGGAUAAAGAGGGCAUCCCUCCCGACCAGCAGAGGCUGAUCUUCGCAGGCAAGCAGCUGGAAGAUGGCCGCACUCUUUCUGACUACAACAUCCAGAAAGAGUCCACCCUGCACCUGGUCCUGCGUCUGAGAGGUGGUAUGCAGAUCUUCGUGAAGACCCUGACCGGCAAGACCAUUACCCUGGAGGUGGAGCCCAGUGAUACCAUUGAGAAUGUGAAGGCCAAGAUCCAGGAUAAAGAGGGCAUCCCUCCCGACCAGCAGAGGCUGAUCUUCGCAGGCAAGCAGCUGGAAGAUGGCCGCACUCUUUCUGACUACAACAUCCAGAAGGAGUCCACCCUGCACCUGGUCCUGCGUCUGAGAGGUGGUAUGCAGAUCUUCGUGAAGACCCUGACCGGCAAGACCAUUACCCUGGAGGUGGAGCCCAGUGAUACCAUUGAGAAUGUGAAGGCCAAGAUCCAGGAUAAAGAGGGCAUCCCUCCCGACCAGCAGAGGCUGAUCUUUGCAGGCAAGCAGCUGGAAGAUGGCCGCACUCUUUCUGACUACAACAUCCAGAAGGAGUCCACCCUGCACCUGGUCCUGCGUCUGAGAGGUGGUAUGCAGAUCUUCGUGAAGACCCUGACCGGCAAGACCAUUACCCUGGAGGUGGAGCCCAGUGAUACCAUUGAGAAUGUGAAGGCCAAGAUCCAGGAUAAAGAGGGCAUCCCUCCCGACCAGCAGAGGCUGAUCUUCGCAGGCAAGCAGCUGGAAGAUGGCCGCACUCUUUCUGACUACAACAUCCAGAAAGAGUCCACCCUGCAUCUGGUUCUCCGUCUCAGGGGUGGCUAUUAGUUUUACAGUCUACCCUCCCAGUGCCCAAAGAUGGCAUUACUCAGCACUAUAGCCAUUUGCCCCAAUUUAAGUUUAGAAAUUAACCAGUUUCAGUAAUAGCUGAACCUGUUCAAAAUGUUAAUAAAGGUUUUGUUGCAUGAUA